CGCAGACAACUUCCUCACAGCCAGAAACUCCAGAGUAAAGUCUUAACAGACACUGGCAAGACAAACUUUGUGGUACCUUAACCUGCUGAUGGUAUUUAAAGAGAGGUCAGCAGCAUGUUUGCUGCAGCAGCAAAAUCCCACGACGGAGCUUCUCCGACCUGUGGUAAAGACAAUGCAAGGCCUGGAUCCAAGGUUAAGAAAAAGGCCAGCUGUCCUGAAGUGACUUUACCACCUCUGUGCCCAGGGCCACCUUCCUUCUCAGCAGCCAUUGUGGACAGGGCUCUGUUCAGUCAUACCCCAACCCUCAAACAAGUCUCCUCUGACAGACCUUUAUCAGUGGUAGAACUCCCUCGUCUUAUAGCCCAAGUGGGAUCUGGGAGAGCCAUAGAUGACACAAAGUGGACAGAAGGACCUCGAUUAAUGGCCUCAGCAUUAGGGACUGAAAUCCCCUUCAGAACUGCUGAUGAGUUGACAGCACAGAGUCUCACAGAGAAAGAUGAAUCAAUAAAAGUCACAACAUGUAAGAAUAAAAAGAUAAUGACUGUGAAAAAUGGGAACGCAGCCAAACCAAAUAAAGUUCCUCUCACUGGCACAAAGGUAGUUGAUAUCUUUGCCAAGAAAAGAGACCUGGGAGGACUGGAGCUUUAUUACCUGAAAGAAGUGGAUGGGGACUUUUACAGACCCUAUGACCUGCAAGUGGUCCAUCCCAGUGACGCUGGUUCUGAGCACUACAUCUUCACCCCUAAUACUGUGCUACAUGUGACAGAGCGGGGUUCUGGUGGACUUGUCAGUCUGGGAGAGUGGUACAGGGAGUUUAUGUUGUGGAAUUCUUUGCAGGAAAUCCCGUUUUUCAGGGAGUUUAGGCUGCGGAAAGCUUUCACCUGGUGGCAUAGAAAUGUGCGCAAGAUCUUUUUCCAGCGCAGGUGCGAGAAUCUGCAGGAUAUUCUGGUUAUAGCUGUGCCUCAGUUCAGAAAUGCUCUUUAUUUGCUCACCAGAAUUAUUGAAGAGCUGAAAGGGACUCACUGGCUGCCCCAGGAAGAGUCUAAAUCCUUCACGUUGCUGGAAUUCAAGAAUGCACUGAUAACCAUGAAUCAAGAGUGUCUGCAGAUAUUGGAGAAGUUAUCACAGUGUCGUGCUGGCAUCCUAAACGUGGUAAAAGAGGACAUUUACAAGGCACACAGUGAGCUUCAGCUGCACAUGGAAUACGCAAAAAAACCAAAUAAACGCUACGAACCCAUUCACCUCCAUCUGGCUCACCAGCAGGAGCUCAAGAGAGAGUUGGCUAGGUCUGAAAGCAUCUUGCAGAAAUUGGGCAACUUUGCUGAUCUCGUCAAUCAAAUGACUGUGCAGUCUCUCGUCACGAUCACCCGACAAGAUGUUGUUUAUUUCCUCAACAAUGUUUUGAGGAGGAAGAAGUCUCAGCAGGGCUCUCUCUUCCGCACUGAGCUGUGUUUCAGUGCCAGUAGUCAGCUGAGUGUGGACCCGCCAAUACAUCUGUUCCAAGAAACAGUGAGUGAAGCACUUCUGACUGUUGGCAACUCCAUAAUCCAGAUGUGUGACACUUGUGGAUUCUUCCUAGAGAUAAGUGACAGUGUCUUAACCUCGGAUUUAACAUCUGACUUCAGUUAUAUUGAACAUCUGACUGUUACAGGGGACAAUAAGAACAACGAUGGAAUGACUGGUCGCAGAAAGUUUUGCUGCGAUCGACUGCUCAGAGACCUGUCAGCUCGAUGGCUGGCGCUGUCUCAACAGACCACACUAAUGGUGCAAGGUGACAGGGUGCAUGGCUGCUACUAUCCCCUCCCCAAGGGACAGUUAGAGUGGCACAUCAGCAUCAAUGACGUUGCAAAACAAGUUGAGAAAGAGCACGCCGAGAUCAUGCAGAAAGCCGCACUAGAAAUCCAGCAGCUGUGCGAGAGCUACUCAUGGUUGGUGGACAUCUAUUUGUUCGUUAGCCAAUGGAGUCGAGCCUCUUUGGAAUCCAUGAAGGAUCAGCCUGCUGUACAGUAUGAGGAGUACAUAAAGAAGGUGCGCGACUGGAUGGAGAGAAUCUACACAGGUCCCUCAUCAGUCUCCACCUCAAACCAGCUGUUCAUCAUUGAGUGCACUCACAUAAAGGAACAUCUAGGACAACAGCUAAGGGUCAUUGAGGAGGGAGUGCUAGAGCACCUUGCUGAGCAGAUAAAGCUGCACACAGAAAGCCUCAUAUCAGACUUGGAGAGUGCUUCUGCUGACCUCAAGGCAGAACCAGGAGACUUACAUGACCUCUCACAAUACGCUCUUACGAAAAGGGAGUCUGUGAAAAUGUUGGCUGACAUGAAGAAACGUGUGGAGUACAUUCACUCCCUCCAGGACACUAUUAGCAUGAACUAUAGGAUGAUGACCGAACAGGAGGUGACUUUGGAAGAAAAGAUGCUGGCCACCUGGGAUGGCUUUAUUGCCCACUUAAAUCAAGCAGAUAGCAUUGUGUGCCAACGUCUUCCUUCAGUUGCUAAUGCAUUGGACACCAUGUUCUCAUUUCUGGCCCGUGACCUUCAAAACAUGGUCUCUGAAGCUACAUCGGGAGCCUUCCUUGACCCAACCCAGAAUGCAAAAGAGAUGGUCCCCAAACUGACCCACAUGUAUGUGCAUGUGCAGAAUCUCAGCGCAAAGAUGGAGCAGCUCAGCAGAAACAGUCAAAACCUGCAAGAACAUCCAAUGGAUUUGACCGUUUUGACAACACAUGUUCAGAUGAUUAAAGCCCGUAAAGAGCUGUGGGAGCUGAUUGCUGUGUACACAGCAUGGAUGGAGGAAUGGAAACAGCUGCUUUUCACUGAGGUUGUGGUGUCACAAGCUCAGGGGAAAAUUGCCACAUGGACAGAGCAAGCGCUUUCUCUAACAAGUAUCAUACCAACCCAUGAUGCAGUGCUGCAGGAGACUUUAGGAACCCUGGAAAGCUUAAGCCAUCAGCUGUCAGUCAUGGCCAAGCUGCAGAGCCCCACACUCAAACAUAGACAUCGGAAAGCUAUUUUUGAAGGAAUUGGCCUAGUGUAUGUCCCAGAGAGGGAGGUGACAAUUGCUGACCUGACAUCUCAACAACUUAAAGUUGAUGAGAAACUACUUACCAAGAUAUGCAGAGAUGCACAAGCAGAGUGCCACAUGGAGCAAACCCUCCAAAAGCUUCAACAGGGAUGGAAAACCAGACUCUUCCAGCUGGACAAAUUCACUCUGCCUGUUUGGCAGCAUCCUGAGUCACAACACGGAUUAAUAGAGACAGAAGAGCCCACAGAGAGCACUGUUUCAAAUCUCCAAGCUGCCAGUCAACGCUCCUGUAAUGAUGCAAGAUUCAUCAUUGGUCUGGAAAUGCACUUUGCUGAGAUAGAGAAUGAUUUGAUGGCUCUGUACAUCAUGUUGGAGUCUCCACACAGUGUUGAGUACCGGGUGCAGAUGGAGGAUUGGGUGCAAUCACUACAAGAUCUUGAUAUACCUCUACACAGAACUGGAACAGCAGGCACAGAUCCCCACAUGAAACAAGAUCUGCUCGCCAGGAACCUUUUUCUGGUGGCUUAUAUUUGGGGAUUUGGUGGAUAUCUUCAUCCUCGCCACUGGCCACAGUUUGACUUACUAGCCCGUCAAGUGCUGUUUAAUUGUCGGUACAAAAUUGUGGUUCCUGAUGAGGAGAGUGUGUUUGAACACUUUUUUAACAUCGACAGCAAAAUAUGCCCCAGGAGCACACUGCUGACAAAUUCUAUCACCUCCCAGUGUGUGAAAUAUACCCAUCUCCUGAACAUCAUGUUGGAGGCAAACCAGCCAGUGUUGCUUGCAGGAGAGCCGGGUUCUGGGAAAACCACUCUGUGCAAAUCUUUGCUGAGUUUUGACAAACCACAUAUUAGCCUUCCUGGCAGUCCACUCCUCAGCUCCAGAGACCUGCGCACUAUACUGAAUAGCAUUAGCUGCCAGAAGAUCUGUAAAGAUACUUUGAAUUCCAUGACUAAACAGCCUGGAUUGCUUCUUUUUGUGGAUGAUCUGCAUGAGGCCUCUUGUGAUGUCUCUGGGAAGAUGUCAACGGCUUUAGAAACACUACGACAGAGUAUUUCGAAGGGAGAAAUUCUAACAUUUGAUGCCUAUCACUUCAAGUCAUUGAGUGCUGGAACCAUGAGAUACAUGGCUACCUGUUGUGUCUUUGGAAUGGGCAGUCACCACAGUAAUGUGAUAUCCUCCAGGCUCUCACGCCUGUUCACUAUUUUUGUGCUCCCCAGCCUAUCUAUGGAGGUUAUAUUGUCAAUCCAUUCUCCUCGGCUGAAAAUCUGGCUCAAAGAAAUGCCACUGAAGCAGAGUGGUGAAGACAUGGCAUGUUGUAUCAUCACUGCAACUAAAGAUCUGUAUCAUGCAGUAUGUGAGCAAUUCCAGCCUACUGCACAGAGGCCCCAUUUCAUGUUUUCCCAUCAUGACCUUCAGAAGGUGUUUAGAGGGAUGUGUCUGUGCCAACCUAACAUCCCAACCACAGGGAUAAUGCAGAAAAAUGAGCAUUCACUACCAGGCUUUCCUCCACUCCUGCCAGGGCCUGCAUUAAUUCUUAACAUAGCACAUCUCUGGAUGCAUGAGUGCAUGCGUACUUUCCGUGACAGGUUAUGCUCAGAGGAUGAAAGCAAAACUCUUGUGUCACUCAUAGCCAAGACAGCAACAACCCACUAUGGAAUUAGACUGAUUGAUGAAACUCAGCCUGUCUGUUCAGAUGAUCCACCCACUGUCACAAGCCUUCCUAGUCACACUCUACCCAUGGACCCUGCAGGCACUUGUAAGCCAGUAGGUCAGAGUUUAGAGACAGUAAAUCUUCCUGAAGAGCCAACACCAGCUGGCCAGUCAGACCUGAGGAAAUACCAUACGUUGACUGAACCUUCCCUUCUGUCUGAAAACAUUUGCUCAGAAGAGGCAAGCCUAAAACCUCAGCCUCUGCAACCCAUGAUUCUUCAGCAUAUGGAAGACAUAAUGGCUCAGCUUGUAUAUGGCCCUGAGCUCCCUGAGGCCUCAGCAAAUCAGCAACACAAUAUGAAAUGUAGCUCUUCUUAUCAGCACAGAGACCUUGACGUACUACUGCAGGAGCUGUGUGCAUGCAUCGACAGAAAAGACAAACGGGAAAAGGCUGGUAAUGACAACAGCAUUACUACCAAAUACAUAGUACACAGACAGAGGGUGAGGCAGCUGUUACAUAUCCUCAGGGCUCUUCUCAUACCUGGAGGCCACGGAGUGCUGAUUGGCUCAGACAAAGGCACAGGCCGUAAAACCACUGUGCGAUUAGCUGCCUAUGUAACAGGCUGCCAUUUGAUUGAGGUGCACCCUGGUAAUGAGAAUACAUUGCAUGAAAUCCUAAAAGAUGCUGGGAAUCAAACCAGAGUGGAUGGAGUUAAUGUUAUCAUACUGGUCCAUGAGGAAAUAAGCCAGUCUGUCAGAGAAGAAAUGUUGGUGGCGAUGGCUCACAGAACCUACCCAGGGCUCUACACAGAUGAGGAGCUGAGAAACCUUGUUUCCAGAGUGACUGAUAUGAAAAACUCAAGACAAUACUUCAUGGACAGUUGGACGUUUGAGAAGUUCUUGAGCCAAAUCCACAGAAAUGUGCAUGUGUUCCUGUUGCUUCCCUUCGCCAUGUCAGACAGCAGUGAGACACCUGCCAACACUGGGACCCACAGAUGGAAUGCACAGCUGACCAAGGCCCUGAGCUUCAGUUGCUGUGUGGAAGUGUACCAGCCCUGGUCCAAGCAGUCUUUAAUGGAGGCUGCUGCACAGUGCCUGAAAACUGGUCCCCACAAAUUGGAGACAGAAGGCUCAGAGGCCAGCCUGACAGUGGCUAUGGCAGGAAUGCACCAAUCUGCAUGCCAGUAUGCUUCAGUCCUCCUGAGAGAUCAGCCUUUCAGCCCUCAGACUUAUUUGGAGUUCAUUGCUAAUUAUGGUUACCUAUGCAACCAUCUGCACAUGCAACAGCAGAGCCAAGCCAACAGACUCGCCACUGUUCUGUCUCAUUUGGAUGCUCUGAACAACACAGCUGUGCAGUACAAACAGCACUUAAUAAGUCUGCAGGAGAAGGUUGCUGAGACACAGCAGCUUGAGAAAGAACUUCUCAAAGCUUUAGAUUAUCAGAGGAGUCUGCUCGCGGAAGCCCAGGAGAGAUGUGUUGAAGCAGAGAACAAGCUGCAUCAUCUGGAAGAGCAAAUUAGUCACGCUCAGGAGCAGAUGAGACAUGUGUUCCUGUCAGGCCUCAAGAUUAUUAACUGUCUGAAUCCAUCUGACCUGGAGGAGGUACGCCACUACAGAGAUCCACCUGAUGGAGUGGUGCAAAUCAUGGACGCCAUUUGUUUGCUCUUUAAUCGUCCACCAGGAUGGGAGAGUGCUAAACAGCUUCUUGGACAAUCCAACUUCUUCCAGGAGUUGGAAUUUUUUGACCGCUACAGUCUGUCAAAUGAACAGCUGCAGCAGCUUGGCCAGAUAGUUCACAGUCCCCAGUUUGUACCAGAGUCUGUGCAAGAGGUGAGCAAAGCCUGUGAGUCCCUGUGUCGAUGGGUUCAGGCUGUGUAUGAGUGCUGCUGUAUGCAACACCAAGUGUUGAUCAAGCAGCAAUUGGAAAUUCUAGCCAAAGAGGCACGAGGUCAGCUGCACCUGGCCAAGCAGCAAAAGGAGGACGCGUACAAUCGUCAAGAGAAUGUCAGGCUUCAGCUGCAGUUGGUACAAAAAGAACUGAAGGAGGAACUGCUGGAGCUGCACAAAGCUGAGAUCCCGGAAAGAAAAGCUUCUAUAGCUGUAGGGCAGCUGGAGAUACAUGUCAGAGACUGGAGGGCAGCCGCUCAGGAGGCAGAGUUGAAUAAAGAAACCUUACCAGGAGACGCCCUUAUCCUUGCUGCAAUCAUCUCUUAUUUAGGCCCCUUUGGACCUGAUAUACGCACAGAACUGCUGAGCAAGUGGAUGGAGCUUUGUCAGACAGGAAGCAUCAACAUAAACCCCAAGGACCCCAGAGCUUCCCUGUUUACUCACCCUGACACUGCACCUUCUUACCCCCUUCUCGGUUUUCCCAUCCCUGUGACUGAGAGGCUGCAGCUGCCUCUGGGCUGUGCAUUAGGUAUGCACCAGGACGCUCCAUCUGCUAGAAUGGUGGUAAAGCUGUUGCUGUGGGGCUGCAGGACUGCCGGGGUUCAGCGCUGGCCUCUACUGGCAGACACUCAGCAGCAUCUCGAUAUAAGCUCACAAAGCUGUUUCAUUACAGGAGAGAAUGCCAAGCUUGAGAAGGAGACAGACUGUGGAAUGGUGGUUUGCGCUGACGAUCCAGAGCUGCUUGACAAGCUGGACCAGGCAGCAGAGAAAGGUGUAAGAGUCCUGAUAACUCACGUGGAACGUGUAAUUCCCAGUCCACAGUUUCUGGCCAGAUUGGCGCGCCCUGCUGGAUGUUACCCUCCAGGGUUAAAACAGCAUGUUCAGCAGACCCACCCUGAAUUCUGCCUCUUCCUCAGCACCCAUCUGUCUGUCCAACUGCUUAACAGUGAGAUCCAUCCGUCCAUCUUGGCUCAGGUACGUGUCAUUGACCUCUCUCUGAGCUCAGAAGAGAUCCAGGAGCUCAUGCUGACACAGCUGCUGCAGUCUGAGUGUAAAAAGCUGCUGACUCAACACUUGCAGUUCCAGAAUGACAAGCAGUUGCUGCAGGAGAAACUGAUCUCAGAAGAGGAUGCUCUGAUGGACUACAUCCUGCAGUCUAGCACCUCACUGCUAGAGGACUCUACUUUUCUACCUUGCGUGGCUGCUUGUCAAGAUGCAAUGAAGAAACUGCAGGCUGAGAUGCAGCAGCUAUGUGAGGAGCUUGAGCACCACGACCUCCUGCUGGCUGUAGUCAGACAGUUAAUGAAGCUGGCUGCUGCUUUUUACCGGUCUCUGCAGGAGGUGUCCCGUCUUUCCCCUGCCUACUACUUUUCCCUGCAUGGCUUCAUCACAGUUAUGCAAGAGGCCUUCACUAUGAAGGACAGGCCAUUAGUGUCAUGUACCACUGGGAAAGUGUCAGGGGGUAUAAUAACAGAGGUCACAAAGCGGAUGGUAGUCCAGCUGCUGGCUCAAUACAGGCCUUGUCUCUUCAAGAGCCACGUCGCUGUUCUGGAGCUGCUGCUGUCUGUGGCUCUUCUCCAACACAACCAGCUCUGCUCUGAGGCUGAGCGGGUGGCUUUAGUCAAGGGUCUUCAAGACAUAGAGCAUCCUGUCACUGAAGUGAAGCCCUGUUCCCAUCCUCCUACUGUCUCUCAGUCCACCAGUGGUUUACCCAGCUGGAUACCCCCUCAUAUCCACCCAGAGCUCCUCUGCUUGGAGAAGAUCCCAGUCUUCAAAGGGUUGAUUGCCUCUCUCUCCACUUGCCCCAGUCAGUGGCAGGAAUACCUGCGCUUCCCGUCUUCCACUGUAGCAGGGGCUGUUCCCUGUCCCCCUCACUCCCAUCUAUCCCUACUACAGCAGGCUCUCCUCUGGAAGACCAUGCUCCCUGAAUGCCAGGAGGGGCUAGUUAAGGCCAUGGCCGACCACCUCUACCUGCCUGGACAAAUGGCAGGUAUGGAGGCCCCUCACAGUGGGAACCCAGACAUCCUCUUACGGUAUUUUGUCAAACAUGCGGGACCCAUUGUGCUUACGUUGCCGAGUCAAAGAGAAGAUAAGUGGACAAGCAUUCAGCCUCUGUACUUAAUAAAAAAAUUGGCCCACUGUGCAGCAGAAACAAAGAAGAUUCAGGUGAAAGUCAUUUCUUUUGGGGCUCUUUGUGACAGAGAGGUCAUUCUCUCAAUGCUGGACAAAGCUGUUAACAAGGGCCACUGGUUGGUUUUUAACAACUGUCACCUGCUGGAACAAUGGGAUGAUACAGUAGUAGCUCGACUCAGUCAGUUGAUGUCCUCUUUCAGAGAGGAGCUACACCUGAUUCAACCAAGCUUCCGAUUGUGGUUCAUAACGAAAGAGUAUGCAUCACGCUCCAUACCAGCGGCAGUGCGACUGUGUGCCCUGCCUCUGGUCUGUGACUCUCCCUGGGAUCUGAAGGAGGAGCUGAGUUGUUCCUUGCGACAGGUGGUGUCAGUCAUACGGUGUCAAUCACUGUCGGGUGUCACAGCUGACAACAUGGAGCUCCUCCUGCGCUGUGCCAUCUUCCACUCUGUGUUACUGCAGAGACAGACCUAUAAAUACUUAGGCCAAGGGAGAAUCUACAAAUGGAGUCAGGAGGACCUUCUGGCUUUGAUGGAUGCACACAUUUGGAUUGGUAGUCUCUGCCAUGACAAGACUAAGGCUUUGAAAUAUAUAGCAGUUAAUCUAGUGCAUGGCGGCCAUGUACUAGACUCUGCAGAUUUGAAGGCAGUGGACAGCGUUGCAGAGACCUGCUUCAGUAGAGAAUCACCUCUCUGGAGCAGUGGACCACACAUCCUCUCGAAUAUUACCAGGAUUCUCGGCCGCUUUGAUUUGUCAGAACUACUGCAGAUUUUGGAAGAGAGUCUUCAGGAUUCAGAAAACAUUAAUGACCCCCGUGUGCUGGGCUUCAGUGCAGAUGUGGCAGCUGAGAUCAUCAAGAUCAAUAGCCACAAUCUGAACACAUUCCUGCAGGCCUCCCAAACUCCUCUAGGAACAGUGAGGAGUUUCUACACACAGCUAAACCAGCCCGCUACAUUGCCAGCUCAUAGCCAUGCUAGAGAUAGACUGCGGGCUCUGAAGAAUUACCUCACACACAGGAGUGACAGCGGAGUUAGAAAUGCAGGAGCUGUUUCUCGCAGUCACCUGUGUGACUUCCUCCAGGCUGAGUGGGAUGAUCUCAUUGAUUUGGUGUCUUCACUCCUCUCACAGCUCCAACAGCCCGUUCAAUACAGCUCACCGACCUUUGCGUCCCUCCUCGAGCUCACUGACUUGUCUCGCUUGGAGAGGAGAGCAGAGUUGCUCAGUGCUUAUCUCUGGCACCACAACACUACAGAUCCUCCUGGAGCAUACCGACUAUCUGCCUUCAGAAACGCCAGAGGCUUUCUGGUGACAGUGAUGAGAGAGGCUGCUCAACUAAAUCGCAAAUAUAUCAGCGAUGUAGCUCUGCAUUUUCAGGUUCUGAGUGAUAGCACUUACCCAGCCUCACUUCCCCUGGACGCUGUGUAUUUGUGUGGCCUGGAGCUGAGAGGGGCAUCAUGGGAUACACAGCUAGGAGCCGUACAGGACACGGUCUCUCCACAGCCAUGCUCACUGCCCCUUAUUUGUGUCACAGCUCAAGUCAGGAGCACAAAAGACACCUUCUCUUGUGAAAGUUUACAGUUAAACAAUGGCGGCAAUGUCAAGGUCACACAUGGUUCUCCACCGACCGUCCCACAGCUACCACUCUAUCACUGCCCGCUCUAUCUUGAUGGAGAGCAGGAGAAUGGAAACUGGGGACUGGCAGAUGUUAACAUUAUCACUACGCUUCCCCUUCAGGCCAAGCUAAAUCCUGUGUUGUGUAGUUUGAGGAGGGUGAGGCUAGUAACAUGGACAGACACCAUUAUGAAACUUUUGAGAAGUUUGGCAACAAUACCUUCCUACUACACCUUGACAAUGGCAGAGCAUUUGGACGUCACUCCAAAGAUGAGCCUUCGAUCCUAAUUCCUCUAGAACAGUGUUGCAGAAUCCGGCGCUCCACUUGGCUCCACCUGCGUCUACUGUCUUUGCCACAGUAUCGUCUCAGUGAUGUCAUGAGGGAGUCGCUCUCCCAUGAUCCCCUUCACAGCGUAGCUCCAUUGCUGUCAGAGCCCCACCU